AUGGCCACCCAAGAUGCCCGUAUGGCUUCAGUCAAGCCGAGGCUGAAGUAUAAUACAAUUGGCGGUGUCAAUGGACCUCUGGUCAUCCUAGACAAUGUCAAAUUCCCCAGAUACAACGAGAUUGUCAGUCUGACACUUCCCGAUGGCUCGUCACGGUCGGGUCAGGUUCUCGAGGCAAGAGGGAACAGAGCCGUCGUCCAGGUCUUUGAAGGCACAACGGGCAUUGAUGUCAAAAAGACAAAAGUCGAGUUCACCGGCCACAGUCUGAAAAUUGGAGUCUCGGAAGACAUGCUGGGUCGCAUCUUCGACGGAUCAGGAAGAGCCAUUGACAAAGGGCCCAAAGUGCUGGCAGAAGACUACCUUGACAUCAACGGGAGUCCCAUCAACCCAUAUUCAAGAGUUUACCCCGAGGAAAUGAUCUCGACAGGUAUCUCGGCUAUUGACUGCAUGAACUCAGUAGCCAGAGGGCAAAAGAUCCCUAUCUUCUCGGCUGCCGGUCUACCCCAUAACGAAAUUGCUGCCCAGAUCUGUCGGCAGGCUGGUCUUGUCAAUCAACCCACGAAGGGCGUUCAUGAUGGUCACGAGGAAAACUUCAGCAUCGUAUUCGCUGCAAUGGGUGUCAACAUGGAGACUUCCCGAUUCUUCACGCGCGAUUUCGAAGAGAAUGGUUCAAUGGAGCGGGUCACUCUGUUCUUGAACUUGGCCAACGACCCAACCAUCGAACGAAUCAUCACCCCUCGACUUGCGUUGACCACGGCAGAAUACUACGCCUAUCAACUUGAGAAGCACGUUCUAGUCAUCCUCACGGAUUUGUCUGCAUACUGCGAUGCUCUCCGAGAAGUCUCUGCUGCUCGAGAAGAAGUGCCAGGUCGUCGCGGCUAUCCCGGUUACAUGUACACUGAUUUGUCCACCAUCUACGAGCGAGCCGGUCGUGUCGAAGGAAGAAACGGCUCCAUCACGCAGAUUCCCAUCUUGACCAUGCCUAACGACGACAUCACACAUCCGAUCCCCGAUUUGACUGGGUACAUCACAGAAGGUCAGAUCUUCGUCGACCGUGGUCUGCACAACAAAGGUGUCUACCCGCCCAUCAACGUCUUGCCGUCACUGUCUCGACUCAUGAAGUCUGCCAUCGGCGAAGGUCUGACGCGGAAAGAUCAUGGCGACGUCUCAAACCAGCUGUACGCCAAGUAUGCCAUUGGUCGUGACGCAGCCGCCAUGAAAGCCGUCGUGGGUGAGGAAGCCUUGUCAUCCGAAGACAAGCUCUCGCUGGAAUUCUUGGACAAGUUUGAGAGACAAUUCAUCGCACAAAGUCCUUACGACAAGCGCUCCAUUUUCGACAGCUUGGAUCUCGGGUGGAACUUGCUCCGCAUCUUCCCCAAGGAACUGCUCAACCGGAUCAACCCGAAAUUGUUGGAUGAGUUCUACGCCAGAAAGGGACACGGAAAGAAGGCAAACAAAGAUACAAGAGACAAUGAGGAUGGCAACAAGCAGGUCAACGGCGAUACCAAUCUGUUGGAUGAUUAG